AUGUCUCAAUUAAGCAAACCAAUUCGUGACUUGAUCACUACCAUCGCAGUCAAGCCUCCGGCUAAUGAUGGUGAUGGUCUUGACAAGCCAGAAAUUGAUUCUGGCACUUUGAGUCUCCUUCGCGAUCUCUUUCUGACUCCAAAGAGAAUCGAUGAUAUUUCAUCUUUUGUCAAAUUGCUUUUGACUUUGGCAUCUGGCAAACCGCUCAACGAUCGCAACUUGUUAUUGGAAAAUAUGGUCUCUUACAUGCAACAUGCACCUGCAGAUAGCGAGGUAGAACAAAAAGUUGCCGAUAAAUUUAUCACCUUGUUGUGGAAAGACUUACCGCAUCCUCCAGUUGCAUUCUUGGGUCCUGAAUACCGUUACCAUUCAGCUGACGGUAGCAAGAAUAAUCCUCUCCAACCCAGAUUGGGUGCUGCUGGUGAGCCUUAUUCACGCACCACCUCACCUAUGCAUACAAAAAGUCCUUAUAUGCCUGCACCUGAGUUGGUAUUUGAACAAUUGUUGCGCAGACGUGAAUUCACUCCUCACAGUUCUGGACUCAAUCGCUUCUUCUUCAGCUUUGCGAAUAUGGUCAUCCAUGAAAUCUUUCGAUCUGAUCCUAAUAACAAGUACGUCAACGCUACAUCAAGUUAUGUGGAGCUUUCUGUCCUUUACGGUGAUAGUCAAGACGAGCAAGAUAAAGUCCGCACUCACGAGCAAGGUCGAAUUUGGCCAGACACAUUCUCAUCUGCCCGUGUCAUGAUGAUGUCGCCAGGUAUCAUUGCAGUGGCAAUCAUGUUCUCUCGUCAUCACAAUUAUUUGGCACAACGUUUAUUUGAAGUCAAUGAGACCGGCAAAUACAAACCUUGGGACUCUUUGACGUCAGACAAAGAACGUGAAUGGCAAGACAAUGACAUCUUUCAGUUGGCACGCAACAUCAAUGUGGCCUUUUUUGCAAAAUCUGUUCUCACGGACUACGUAAGCGGAAUUCUCGAUACCGUUCGUGCAAACUCGGAUUGGCACCUUGAGCUUGGCAAGGAAAUUCGCGAUGUUCAAAAAUCACGCAUCGAAAGAGGUGUUGGCAAUAGCGUUUCGUGCGAAUUCAACGUCUUGUACCAUUGGCAUGCUGUGUUGCCAUUAAGCGAUGAAAAGUGGAUGAACGAGCAAUUUGAGCGAUUCUGCCCUGGUGUGCCUCCUGAGCAAGUCACACAGGAGCAGUUCUACACAAUGGCAGGCACAUUGACAAAAGAAGUCGAGAGCAUAUCCCCAAAUGCUCGUACGUUUAGCAAUUUGAAGCGUGGUGAUGACGGAGCUUUUGAUGAUACUCAAUUGGGCGAAUUGAUCAAAGACUGCAUCGACGAGACUGCUCAUAGCUUUGGCGCCCGUUCAACGCCUGCUUCUUUCAAAGCCAUCGAAGUUGCAGGUAUUUUGCAAGCUCGAAACUUGUUUCAAGUCGGUACGAUGAACGAGUUCCGUGAAUAUCUGUAUUUGAAAAGAUUCAACUCUUUCCUUGAAUGGAAUCCAGAUCCAAAAAUUGCUCUGGCUGCCGAGAAACUUUACGGACACAUUGACAAUCUCGAACUGUACCCUGGUUUAAUGGCAGAAGAAUCCAAACCGCAUGUCCCGGGAAGUGGCUUGCAGCCUGGACAUACUAUUGGACGCGGUAUUUUAGCCGAUGCAAUCUCUCUCGUUCGUGGUGAUCGCUUCUUGACGUAUGAUCUCAAUGCAUCAACGUUGACGAAUUGGGGCUUGGCUCAGGUAGAAGCCGCUCCAGGUGCAUAUGGUGGUCAUCUAGCCCAUGUUCUUUACCGUGGGCUUCCAAAUGCUUGGGGCUCAGGCAAUUCGACAUAUUCUUUGUUGCCGUUCUACACCCCAGUUGCAGUUCAAAAGAUCUUGCAUGAUAAUGGCACCUUGUCACGAUACGACGUUAGCCGUCCAUUGCCUUCUAAUGACUUGCAUGUGCUGAAAACACGCCUCGCAGUCGAGAAGGCAUUGGCCGAUCCUCUCACUUUUGCAGUGGACACUACGAAUUUGGACAUUGUGACUGGCAAAGAUGGCAAAAUUGGUCACAGAAACAGCUUGUUGCUCCAUGAGCCAGCUGCGCAAAAAGCAUUCUUUGAGCCUGGCUUCGAUGCUAACGUCAUCCAGUACUUUAGCCAAACUACUCGCGAAAAGAUUCAAGAGUAUUCGCUGGGUGUCGAUGCAACUUCUUCCACGAAACAACUGGACGUGAUCAAGGAUAUCAUUAAUGUUGUACCAAUCUAUUGGAUCGCUGGUAAGGUUGGCAUUCCACUCAAGACAAACGAAACACCUCAAGGUCUUGUGACCGUGUAUGACUUGCACAACACUUUGUUGACUUUGGCAGCAUUUGUUUCUGGUGUAUACACACCGGAAGAUGCUUUUGGCUUACGUGAAGCAGCUGUGAAGCAAUCUGUUCAUGUUCGCAAGAUUUUGGAACAUCGCUUUUUGACGACCAGUGGAGCUCGUGCUUUUGUCGCAUAUAUGAUUACACGAGGUUCACAGUACGAAUUAAGCACAAGUGCCAAGCGUGUUUAUGCAAGUCUGCAUUCUGACUGCAUCUCGAUGCAUCAGGCUGUUGCGGGGUUGCUUGCAAUUAUUCUUCCGUCCACUGUGGAAUUGACAACGCAAACGGGCUUAUUAUUGGACCUAUUCAUGAAUCCCGACUAUGCAGAAACGUUGGAACGCUUGAUUGAGCUGGCAAACCGUGAAGAUAAGGCUGCAUGCAAGGAAUUUAUUUUCUUGAUCAAUGAAGGAAUCCGUUUGCGUCCUGCUACUGCGGGCGUGGUGCGUAAAGUGACGGAGAAUACUACCGUUCGUGAUGGCGAGAAUGCAGUGAAGAUCAAAAAGGGUGAAAAAGUCUUGUUGGCGACUUCUUUGGCGAAUAUGGACCCUGAUGCGUUCCCUAAUCCUACUCGUUUGGGACCCUUUGUGGACCGUACGGAAGAUGAUUUGCAAGGCGUUACAAGUCAAUCACCAGUUCUUUUGUCUGCCAUUGUGACGAUGUUGAAAGAGAUUUUCAAAUUGCCUAACAUUCGCCCGGCAAAAGGCGUUUCAGGUACAGUGGUUGGCGUCAGUGAUUUGAUUGGAGAUGUUCAACUUCGCAAGUACAUUGGCCCUCACUCGAAGGAAGUUCAAGGACCGGUAUCUUUGGUGGCAGAAUUUGAUUUGUGA